CCGAGCUGGGUCCCAGGCCGAGCGCGUCGUUGAGCACUAACGGCCCGAGCACCUCCUCCAAGUUACGGGAGCGCGUGGGGGGGGAAGCAGGAGCACCGUCUGCCCGCCGCGCCGCCACUUUUGGCCUCGGAGACCUCGGCACUAACUGCCGCCGGACGUGGGAGGCUCGAGAAUGAAAGGCAAGAAAGGUGUUGUUGUAGAGUCCGGCAGUGAGACUGAGGAUGACGACAGCAUGGACAUCCCCCUGGACCUCUCCUCUUCAGCUGGCUCAGGCAAGAGAAGGAGAAGGGGCAACUUGCCCAAGGAAUCUGUUCAGAUUCUCCGGGACUGGCUGUAUGAACACCGAUACAAUGCUUAUCCCUCAGAGCAAGAGAAAGCAUUACUCUCCCAACAAACACACCUAUCCACACUACAGGUCUGUAACUGGUUCAUCAAUGCCCGCCGCAGGCUCCUCCCUGAUAUGCUGAGAAAGGAUGGCAAAGAUCCAAAUCAGUUCACAAUUUCCCGCCGUGGGGCCAAGAUUUCUGAAGCUAGCUCUGUGGAGCCAGCCAUGGGCAUCAAAAACUUCAUGCCGGCUCUAGAGGAGAGCCCAUUUCAUUCCUGUUCAGUUGGACCAAACCCAACCCUAGGGAGACCGCUGUCUCCCAAGCCAUCAUCCCCGGGAUCCAUUUUGGCUCGUCCAUCAGUGAUCUGCCAUACCACUGUGACUACAUUGAAAGAUGUGCCUUUCCCACUCUGCCAGUCAGUUGGUGUGGGUCAAAACACAGAUCUACAGCAGAUAGCAGCCAGCAACUUUACAGACACCUCUCUCAUGUACCCGGAGGACACAUGUAAAUCUGGACCAAGUACAAAUACACAGAGUGGUCUUUUCAACACUCCUCCCCCUACCCCACCGGACCUCAACCAGGAUUUUAGUGGAUUUCAGCUUCUAGUGGAUGUUGCACUCAAAAGGGCUGCAGAGAUGGAGCUUCAGGCAAAACUUACGGCUUAACCGUUUCUAAAGCAAAACAGUUCUCAAAAAUGUUGUCAUGAUUGCCGGGGUGAUGGCAAGAGUUGAAUUGCAUUAUUUUAUAUAUUUUUUUAUUAAUAUUUGCACAUGGGAUUGCUAAAAUGAAGAUUCCUGUUACUGAGAUGUCUUCAAUGGAAUACAGUCAUUCCAAGAACUAAAAACUCAAAGCUACUGUAGAAACAAAGGGUUUUCUUUUUUUAAAUGUUUCUUGGUAGAUUAUUCAUAAUGUGAGAUGGUUCCCAAGAUUAUGUGAUCUUUUUUUUUUUUUCCUCCCCUACCCUUUUUUUGUUGGUGUUUUUUCAGACUGUGCAAUACUUAGAAAACCUAUAGCAUCUUCUCAUUCCCAUGUGGAACAGGAUGCCCACAUACUGUCUAAUUAAUAAAUGUUCAAUUUUU